GCUAUUUUGAAUGAUGAAUCAUACGGUCCUUGCUUUGGAGAAUCAGACUUAUGUAUGCGGCUUUCAAAUCGUUGGACUAGUAAUCAGAAAAAUUAUGAACAUGAAAUAACUAGUUCAAACCUAUUAAUUGCUGAAGAAUAUGAA